AUGCACAGCAAGGUUGUCGUUAUCGGCUCUGGCCCCGCCGCCCACACGGCCGCCAUCUAUCUGGCCCGUGCCAAUCUGAAGCCGGUCCUGUAUGAGGGCUUCAUGGCCAACGGCGUCGCCGCCGGCGGCCAGCUGACCACCACCACCGAGAUCGAGAACUUUCCCGGCUUUCCCAAUGGAAUCAUGGGCAGCGAGCUGAUGGAGAAGCUGCGCGCCCAGUCGGUGCACUUUGGCACCGAGGUCAUUACCGAGACCGUCGCCACGCUCGACCUGUCUGCCAAGCCGUACCGCUACACGCUUGAGUGGACGCCCGACGAGAUCCACACGGCCGAUGCCGUCAUCGUGGCCACCGGCGCCUCCGCCCGCCGUCUCGGCCUGCCCGGCGAGGAGAAGUACUGGCAGAACGGCGUCUCUGCCUGCGCUGUCUGUGAUGGUGCUGUGCCCAUCUUCCGUCAGAAGCCGCUCGUCGUCAUCGGCGGCGGCGACUCGGCCGCUGAGGAGGCCAUGUACCUUACCAAAUAUGCCAGUCACGUGACUGUCCUCGUCCGUCGCGACAAGCUCCGUGCCAGCGACAUCAUGGCCAAGCGCCUGCUGGCCCACAAGCAGGUCACCGUCCGCUGGAAUUCGGGCGGCGUUGAGAUCCAGGGCGACGGCAAGCUCAUGACCCACUUGGUCGUCAGGGACCACAAGACCGGCGAGCUCGAGACUCUCCAGGCCAACGGUCUCUUCUAUGCCAUCGGCCACGACCCUGCCAACAGCCUUGUCAAGGGCCAGGUCGACACCGACGAGGACGGCUAUAUCAUCACCAAGGCCGGUACCCCCCUCACCAGCAAAUCUGGUGUCUUCGCCGCCGGCGACGUUCAGGACAAGCGCUACCGCCAGGCCAUCACCAGCGCCGGCUCCGGCUGCAUGGCUGCCCUCGAGGCCGAAAAGUACCUCGCUGAUCUCGAGGCCGACGAGGCCGCCAAGGAGAGCAGCCUUUGA